CCCACUCUCGUCAGCAGGCCGCCCCUGCCUCCUCCAGCUUCCGCUCAGAUUGUCGGGUGGUCGAGAGGGUAUCCAAGAGCGACAAAAUGGGAGUAGAAAUUGAGACCAUAACUCCCGGCGAUGGACGGACAUUCCCAAAGAAGGGGCAGUGUGUCGUGGUGCACUAUGUCGGCACACUGGCAGAUGGAAAAGUGUUUGACUCUUCGAGGUCCCGAGGAAGGCCCUUUAAAUUUAAGAUCGGAAAACAAGAGGUUAUUCGCGGCUGGGAGGAAGGAGUAGCCCAGAUGAGUGUAGGCCAGCGAGCGAAGCUGGUUUGCUCACCAGACUACGCCUAUGGCUGCAAAGGGCACCCAGGGAUCAUCCCACCCAAUGCCACCCUCACCUUUGAUGUGGAGCUGCUAAGCCUGGAAGUCUGAAACUUGUGCACUCAACUUUGUUUAAAUUCCACUCAGAUUUCAGGGUCGACUCCUAUCUCGGGAACAUGGAGGAAAAUGUUAACAGAAGAUUCCUGCUCUUGAUCCCCGCAUAGGACCUAUGUCUAUAGCUUCACUAGAUCACUCUCCUUUCCAUUUAGAUACAAAUUGUGUUACAUCACUUGCUUUAAAACUUUAUCCUUCAUGCUAUGCUUUAGAUUCCAUACUGUAAUAAGUCAUAGGCCAUUCCAUGUAUUUUGUCAUAUUCUGCUUUGUGUUUUUUAUGGUGAUGUUUUUUUUUUUUAUUUGACUUAAAAUUGACAAAACGUGUCAGCCAUCAGGACCAGGUUUUCGAUAAGCGUCAUGAAUAUUUAAUCAAACUCAUUCCUGUGGCUCUGUGGCCUUUACUCUAAAACUGUUUUGAAUUGCGGGUAAUGAAUUCUCUUAAAUCAACGUAAGAAUAAAGUGUUUGACACAGUGAUAUUUCUAUGAAACACCUUUUGUGAUACGUGUCAUUUGGCUAAAAUAGAAAUAUGGACUAGUUUGUAACCAGGGAUUCAUGUAUCAAGCACAUUAUUGCCAUGAACAGCCUACAGUCUUUGCAGAAUAAGAGUUUUGUUUGUCUUUGCUGCAGCAUCGAUUAUUUAUACAAAUAAACAACUGUUGCUGAAAUGUUCCCAACUUGACAUUUUAACUGUUUGCUUUGAAGAUAUUUAAGGGUAAACUUGUUUUCCAACCAAAAUAAGAUGUGGGGAAAAUAGUGAUAGAAAGUUCCCCAAAAAGAUUUGUAGGCACAUCAUGGGUUCAUGAUCUUAAUUUCAAGGAGACAUGUGUUAAAAGCUUGUAAAAGGUCUGUUCCUUACUCAAAAAGCAUUAAAAGAGUAAUUUUAA